GCUUUCCUGCUGGCAGAGGGAGGGGUGAUGAGAGUGUUGUUUUCUGUUGCUGCCGGGAACACACAGAGCUGCCAAGGUCGGUGAAAGUACUGCACACAGCAAGGCUUCGGUGCUGGGCUGCUGUAGACUCCUACACCGAGAGACAUACCGAGACACAAAGAAAGCGGAUGAUAUAAACCGCAGCCUGACGUCCUCCACCAGAGAAGAAACCAAAUGGGGAAUCUAUUAAAAGUGCUCACUUGCACAGAGCUUGAACAGGGGCCAAACUUUUUCCUUGAUUUUGAAAAUGCACAGCCGACAGCUGGAGAGCGUGAGGUGUGGAACCAGGUGAAUUCAGUCCUCCAGGAGUCUGAGAGCAUCCUGGGUGGCCUGCAGUCUUACAAAGGGGCUGGCCAGGAGAUCAGAGAUGCGAUCCAAAACCCCAGUGAUCACAGCCUGCAGGAGAAAGCAUGGAACUCUGUCUGCCCGCUGGUCAUCAAACUCAAGAGGUUUUACAGCUUCUCCCUCAAACUAGAGAAGGCUCUGCAGAGUUUGCUGGAGUCUCUGACGUGUCCGCCCCUCACGCCCACUCAGCACCUGGAGAGGGAGCAGGCGCUGGCCAAACAGUUUGCUGAGAUCCUCCACUUCACUCUGCGCUUUGAUGAGCUCAAGAUGAGGAAUCCUGCCAUACAGAAUGACUUCAGCUACUACAGAAGGACCAUCAGCAGAAACCAGAUAAACAACAUGAACCUGGACAUUGAGAAUGAAGUCAACAACGAGAUGGCCAACAGGAUGUCUCUGUUCUACGCGGAGGCCACACCCAUGCUGAAAACACUCAGCAAUGCAACCACAAGCUUUGUAACAGAGAACAAGACGCUUCCACUGGAGAACACAACAGACUGUCUCAGCACCAUGGCCAGCGUCUGUAAAGUCAUGCUCGAGACGCCAGAGUAUUCGAGUCGUUUCAGCAGUGAGGACACGCUCUUGUUUUGCAUGAGGGUCAUGGUUGGAGUCAUCAUUCUGUAUGACCAUGUCCACCCCAACGGCGCCUUCAACAAGUCCUCCAAGAUAGAUAUGAAAGGCUGCAUAAAAGUCCUGAAGGACCAGCCAGCAGACAACGUGGAAGGCCUCCUGAAUGCACUCAAAUUCACCACAAAACACCUGAAUGACGAGACCACUCCAAAGAACAUCCGGACGAUGCUCCAGUAAUAUUCCUUCUCUCUUAUAUAAAUAUAUAUAUAAAUAGAUAUGAAGAGGAUCACUGCUCUGACCUCAGAUAAGAUGUAUAUGUUUACAUUAUUUAAAGAGUCGAUGUUAAUACUUGUGUGUAUUUGCAUAGUCAUUCCCUCCAAGUUACUGAAGCCUGCAGAUUAUGUGUACACUGCAAAAAGAAAAGAAGCUUCACAUGAAUUGCCUCGAGCGGUGAGCGGUCAGAGCACAAAUGAUGGUUACCUAUCAGCCUUACACCUGAGCUUUGCGAGCAGCACAACAAAUAAAGAUCCCAGGCAGCAGCAAAACAUCCUUUAAUUAAUAAAAAUGUACUUUUUAAAAUUUUAUUUGGAACUGUGGACAUGAUCCUGUUUCUCCUCAAAUCCAGUGACAGACACUGAAGAUAUUUCAUCUUCACGUGUCUUCUCUCGACUCGCGCACAAUGAGACGUACAAUCAUUCUAAAGGUGGACGUUUGUGUCGCAGGGAAGGGCUGAAGACUAAAGCAGGGAGGGAUGUUUCUCUCUCUUUUCUGUGUUCAAACUCCAGCACCCUUUGAAUGAAACCCACUGUGAACAUGAAACCUUACUUUGCACGUCCCGUGAGAUCCAGCGUGUCAAAGCUGAGGAGUGCGACUGAUGUGAAGUCGGUGAAAGAAGUCGAUGAAUCCACCGCGAUUUACUCAGUCGUGUUUGACUUGCGUGACAAUAAUUGUGUGUUUUGCCAUCUUUUCAGUGACUUUUAAUCUGCGAGGCUUUGCUGUUGAACUUUCUUUAAAAGAAAAGCCAAAAAUGUCUUUAAUUUUCUGAAUAAAUUCUGUUUUUCUUGGAAGGAUUUCCCACUUUUGUUUUUGAGUCUCUUUAAGGAAAGAAUUGAAUAACAUUUCCCCGUGACUCUACGGGAGGUGAUUUUUGAUCAUGUGUGAAUUCAUCACGGUCUUGUGAACAAUUCCAAGACUCGCGUCUGAGAAAACAAACUCAAAUCAAACAUCGGAGUGUAUGGUUAUUGUCACUGAUCAUGGCCUGUAGCUCAUUCUCCUGCUGUAGUAUUAGACGAAUGGUUCACUCUGAUUAUGGGGGAUUUUUUCCCGAUUAUCUCCAAGCAGAGCCUGCUCACAGUCGGUUGGACAAUCUGUGCUUUAAUUUUAGUUUUAGUUCAUUUGUAAUGUCAUCUGAUCGCCGGUGCAUCAGGACAGCACGUAUAUUAUACGAAGCAACAAAUCCUUGUACACAGCAGUCAACUUUUACUUCUUUUUUUUUUAUCCACCUGCUGUAAGCUCUGUUGUUUGAGCCUUUUUACAACGUGACCUAAUCACAGUAAUAACUGUGUCAUCCACUGAGUGACGAUUAACCCCUGCGGUGUCUGUGGCUCAUUGCGAAGCGCCACAUUUGCCUUAAAAAUCUGCCGUGGGCCGACACGUGUUAGUAACUGUGAAACAUCCACGGUUUUACUUUAUUUUGAAUCCAAAAGCCAUAAAUACACUCCUGGUCUUUAAUAUUCAUCCUCUGAUUAGUUAACAGUAAACUAACACUGUCUUUCAUAUAAGUUUCUUUCUCUUGUAUUUAGUAACAUAUACAUACAUUUUAGAUGCCAUGUUUAUAUGCAACGAGUGAAAGCUCGUUUGAAGCCGGGCUGUGCGUAUGAGAGUGAUAUUUCAUAUCUGACUGAUGUGGAUUUUUUUUAUUUAAAAAAAUGACAUUGUCUGUCAUAAUUGAUGUACACGAGGCUUCCCUCUUUGCUACUGUGUGUUGAUAAGUUCUUUUGAAUACUGAUCAAAAUCAGUUACUUUGUCUCAAACUGACAUUUACUGUUAAGUAUUUCUGGAGUUCAGACUCACUGGUGUUAGAAAUGGCUUUUGCUGUGUUAUUGCAUAUUGAAUGGGACGUGUGGACUGGAUAAUAAAGGUGGUACAUUUCUUACA